AUGGUUGGGACAAUUGACGCGCACCAUCACCUUAUUCCUCCAAGAUUCAGAGAUUUGUGGUUUUCCAACAUUGAAAAAGCCCGCGGCCUCGUACUUCCGAAAUGGUCCCCAGAGGGCACCCUGGGAUUGAUAGACGAGGUUGGCCUCUCCACAGUCAUCUUGUCUAUGGGCCAUCCUGUCCACCCCUAUGUUCAAGACCAGAUUGAGGUGGGGCCUAUUUGCCGGGAGAUAAACGAUUAUACGGCGAAGCUUCGCGACGAGCACCCAAGCAAACUCGGGUUCCUCGCCACGUUGCCGCCUAUGGAUCAGAGCAAGGCUUGUAUCGAAGAAAUCCGCUAUGCUUUGGACGAACUUAGGGCAGACGGUGUGGUUAUAUUCAGCAGUUAUGCCCAACGAUAUCUCGGCCACCCUGAUUUCCGGGACGUUUGGGCUGAGUUGAACCGCCGGAAGGCCGUGGCGCUAGUCCACCCAGGGUUCGAGGGCAUGGCGCCGAUCGAAGAGCCACGACAUUUUGCCCCCACUGUCAUUGACUGGACUCACGAGACAACCCGCACAGCUUGCCACCUGAUUACAACAGGAGUGACGCGUGAGUUCCCUGACGUCAAAAUCAUCUUAUCUCACGCUGGAGGGACGCUGCCCUAUGUUGUGCGACGAGCAGCUAAUCUUAGCUGCCGUAUCCGGCUCGUGGAUAUGACCGAAGAGGAAUUUAUCGAGGAGGCCCGGUCGUUCUACAUCGACGUUGCCUUCAGUGCUCAUGACCCUCAGCUCCGACUUCUCAAAGAGUUUGUUAAGCCUGGGCAUGUCCUGUUCGGCAGCGACUACCCUUGGGAACAUGGUGCAAUUGUUACAGAACAGCUGGCUGCCACCGAUAAAGUAUUUGCUCAAGAGACUCUGCAUGCUGGCUUGGAACUUUUCCCUCGAUUGAAGCAGUAUCACGGGCUAUGA